CUGCAGCACAGGCAGAAGAGAAGAGAGCGCAGGGCUGGAGGACACAGGGCAGUGGCUACAUUGUAUCAGGAGCUGAACUCCAUACAGAGCAGUGGAUACAUUGUAUAAACAGGAUCCAAGAACAGAAGAUACAUUGUAUCAAGUCCCAUCACAGAAGACUACAACUCCCUUCAGAGCUGUUGAUACAUUGUAUCAUAGGAGGAUCCCAGAACAGCAGUGGAUGUAUUGCAGUCACGCCAGGAGAUACAUUGUAUCAUCACAGAGGAUAUUACAAGCCUAGAAGAACCUUCUAAAACCCAAGGGAUACAAAGUCUCGGCACAGGACGGAGGAUCUGGUUACAGAAGAUCGCAGGGAUAGGAUCCUGCAGACAGAAUAUGGGGCCACAGCUCCAGUAACCCCCCCUCCCCAACCUGGGAGGGUCCUGGAUCCCAGCUCUACCCCAUAGAAAUGCUGAACUGACAAGCGGCCCCUAUGAUUUUCCUAAUGUUGCUGGAGCCUCAUCAUGACAAAACCAGCACCCCAGAAAAGAUGUUCGAUGGCUCCAGGAAGAUAAGAAGUCUCUGGGAUGGGGUGAAGCUGGAGGUGGCCGGGGACAGCAGUCCUGUAGUCCUCAGCAGUUUCACUCAGCUAGACCCUGAUCUGCCCCCCUUGGAGAGCUCCGCCCAGGAGAUCGGAGAAGAGGUGGAUGACGGUGUUAUCUACAGCAUUUCCCUGCGGAAAGUGCAGCUGCACCACACGGCCAACAAGGGGCAGCGAUGGCUGGGGGUGAGCAGGGUCCCGUCCCCCAUGGGCACUGCUGAAGGCGGGCUUUCUGGACCCCGGGACACUACGUUUGAGAACGAGACGGCCCUGAGCCUGUAUGAGACAUGCAAGGUGCGGACCAUCAAGGCUGGGACCCUGGAGAAGCUGGUGGAAUACCUGGUCUCCGCGUUCAAAGGCAACGACUCCACCUACGUCACCAUCUUCCUGUGCACCUACCGGGCAUUCGCUACCACUAAACAGGUCCUGGACCUGCUGCUGAACAAGUUUGGGCGUCUUCACCCUCAGCUCAACGGCGAACACUCCCAUAAUACCAUCGACGAUCGGAUCGAGCUGAAAAACACCAUCUCCUCCAUCCUGGGAGCCUGGCUGGAUCAGUAUUCAGAGGAUUUUCGACAAGCACCAGAUUACGUGUGUCUGAAGCAGCUCAUCGCAUACGUACGGCACAACAUCCCGGGCUCAGACCUGGAGCGCAGAGCUCGCAAUCUACUGUCACAGUUCCAGCGGCAGCAGAUCAGCGAGUUGGAUCAGUAUGUUGUGGACCACACAAGCUGCACCUUCCGCCUGGUGGAGGAGAGCGCCCUCCUGGAGGGGAAACCGGACUUCCUGUCAUUCCAGCAGGAGAUGGUGGCAGAACAGUUUACAGUCAUGGAUGCUGACCUCUUUAAGAAAGUGGUGCCAUAUCACUGCCUGGGUUGUAUCUGGUCCCAAAGGGACAAGAAGGGCAAGGAGCACCUGGCACCUACAAUCCGCGCCACCGUCUCUCAGUUCAAUAGCGUCACCAACUGCGUCAUAUCCACGUGCCUGAGCGACCGGUCACUGAAGCCCCAGCAGAGAGCCAAGGUGGUGGAGCGCUGGAUAGACGUGGCCAGGGAAUGUCGCAUCCUGAAGAACUUCUCUUCUCUCCGUGCCAUUCUGUCUGCGCUCCAGUGUAACGCCAUCCACAGGCUAAAGAAAACGUGGGAUGAGGUGUCACGGGAGAGCCUCAGGACGUUCACAGAACUCUCCGAAAUCUUCUCUGAUGAGAACAACCACUCGUUAAGCCGGGAGCUGCUGAUUAAGGAGGGCACUUCCAAAUUUGCAACCCUUGAUAUUAACCCUAAGAGAGCACAGAAGAGACACCAACAGCAAAGAGAAAUGGGCGUCAUGCAAGGAACCAUUCCUUACCUCGGCACUUUUCUUACUGACCUGGUGAUGCUGGACACUGCUAUGAAGGACUAUUUAGAGGGCGGCCUUAUAAACUUUGAGAAGAGACGGAAGGAGUUUGAGGUGAUUGCUCAGAUAAAGCUUCUGCAGUCGGCUUGUAACAACUACAGUUUUAUCCCAGAUGAGGCAUUUGUGGAGUGGUUUCACAGCGUGGAGCGGCUGACCGAGGCAGAGAGCUAUAGCCUAUCCUGUGAGAUCGAACCUUUAUCCGAAUCUGCGAGCAACACGUUAAAAGCCAAGAAAAACACCGGAAUCAUCAAACGAUGGAGCGACCGUCAGCCUCCCAGCUCAGAGCCCUGCGCCAGCGUCAGCUCUCACUCCAAGUCCUUCGAUCAGCUGAAAUGCAGCCCGCACCUUUGCGGAAACGACACCACAGACUCCGUCAGUGUGACAUCUGCCGGGUCCAGCAGCUCUGACGUGGAGGAGAUAAACAUCAGCUUUGUGCCCGAGUCCCCGGAUUGUCAGGAGAAGAAGGUACGAGAGGAACAGCCCAAAGAUCCGCCGGCACAGGCCACAGAACGCUGUGCUCCCCUGGGGUUCUGGGAGUCGACGUCGCUCUCGUCUCUGGACACGUCCGGCAUCGGAUCAGGGUCAAGCAGCGCUUCUUCUUCGUCUGUCUCCUCCACACCUGUGUCUGCCUCUCGGACGCACAAGCGCUCCGUCUCCGGGAUCUCCAGUUACUCAUCUCUGUCUCUUCCUCUCUACAACCAGCAGAUAGAUGACUGCUGCAUCAUCCGGGUCAGCCUAGACGUGGACAACGGCAAUAUGUACAAGAGCAUCCUGGUAACUAGUCAGGACAAGACCCCCAUAGUGAUCCGCAAAGCAAUGGCAAAACACAACCUGGACGGGGAGCGGGCGGAGGACUACGAACUUGUUCAGAUCAUUUCCGAGGAGAGAGAAUUGAAGAUCCCGGAUAAUGCCAACGUCUUCUACGCCAUGAACUCAGGAGCCAACUAUGACUUUAUACUGAAAAGACGCGGCUUUUCCAAAGGGGUAAAAAUCAAGCACGGGUCCAGCUCCACGUUACCCCGCAUGAAACAGAAAGGACUCAAGAUAGCAAAGGGCAUCUUCUGAUACCCCAGGUCUGCCCACCGUACCCCAGCCAGAGCUCUGGAGGGAUCCAAGGAUAGCACUUUCUCCAAGGGGGAGGACGACUAUUGCGUCCUAUGGAAUGAGCCCCUCUCCGGCCUUUUCUUCUGACUUUACAAAACUGGCAACCAAGAGCAGAUUUCUGUGUGGAGUUUUUGGGGUCUCCACUGAACGGACUCCAAAUAAAAGGCCGACACGAGACAAGUUCAGGGGCAGCCGACGCCAUCAGGAUCCCAGCAUCCGCCUCCAUGCCACAGGUGCCUUUAAGGGAAGGGGGUUGAGUAGAUAAGAAGACCAUGGAUUCUGACAGUGCCCAGCCUGUGCCAUGCCCAGGGUGCCAGUAUUAAAUGGAGUCAGCCCAGUCUUGGGUGCGGACAGUUAAGAGACUCGGAAGGCUAUGAGAGGCAGACCGGCCCGACACUAGCCAUCUAGCCCCUUAAAGGGACCUUAAUGUACAUACACCCUGUGGAUACCAUAAUUCUGUGCAUUUUUCAUAAAAAAAAAAAAAAAGCACUUUGUAAAAAGGAAAAAAAAACAAAAAACUUUUUUUUAACCUGUAAAAACCUGGAGACGCCUUUGAUGGCCUCUCGUGACCACUGACCGAUCCAGCAUCUCAAACCGCACCAAAGAUCCCGCGCCACAAAAACAUCGACCCCCUACGUUUCCACGGGGCGGAAGGCUAGGCUUGAAUGGUCUCUCCCGUUUUGCAGGCAUCACAGGGUUAAACGGCGCCCCCUCCUCCAAACCUGUACAGUCAUUUUUCUCCUGUAAAUAUUUUCUGUUAAAGAAAAAUUUGGGGCCAAGUUAACAAUUUCAGCGAUUUCAGCUUCCCGGCAGCGACGGUCAGAUCUGCGGAGGUUUUUUUAUUAUUAUUAUUAUUGUAAAAAAAAAAUUAUUUCUUAGUGUAAAAAUCUUUUUAUCAUAUUUUUUUUCCCUAUCUGAAUAUUUAUUGACUGUAAAUAGACGCUAGAGUGAAAUGACGUUAUUUUCCAUCUUUGUUUGGACGCUUUUUCCGUUCUUGUAUAUACGGCGUAGAGGCAGAGCCCCGGCUUCGUUUGUUCGCCUGCAGUGAAGGGGUUAAUUUUUUUUUUUUAAUAGAGUGCUUCGAUGCGAUUGCAACCAGGUUGUGGCCGACGCUGAUUGGGCGAUUUCAGCAGUGACGUCAUCAGCCCUGUUUCUUUCUCCACUAUGGUGGCCGCAGCGCCAGCGUUUACAGGGGAGGCUCCGGCUUCAUUGAUGGCUCCGGAAAGUGGGUUUUGCUGUUUGCCUGGAGAUGAACCGUCUGGUCGUGGAUCUUCCCGUCGGACCGGUUCUUGUGCACACAUUCCCUGCGGCCUUAGUGCUUUCUCUACACUAUUUGCACAAUCAGGUCAGAUUUCUACAUUUUCAGGGUUCUUUCCCCCCCUCUAAAUCCAAGAUGGCGGCCACAGUCGGUUUGCUGGAGAUAUAUUAGCAGCUCGAUGCCAUGUUUACUGCCUGUAUACCAUAACCAAAAGACAAGGCAAGGAGCUCGCCGGAUAUGCCGCAUAUCUGACUCCAUCACCUUCCUGAACGGAAAAGCCAUCAUGGAGUCCUGCAGGCGCCGGCGUUAUGACUCCCUUGUCGUCGUCCCCGCGCGGUGGCUCUGCUGUGUCGUUUCCUGAAGUUGAUGCCUUUUGUAUUUUUUCUGGGUUUGCAAUGGGUGGGUUUUAUAAGCCUGCAGCGAGGAGACUAUUCCGACUGACGGUGUAAUCUUUCAUUCCUACACUGAUGUAGCAGAGGUGAAUGUGUCACUAAUGCUUUUUAAGAACGCGCUCUGUCAGUACUGGUGCAUGCUCCCAGGCAGUCCCAUGUAACACCAAAUGACAAACUCAGCUCUGCUGUAUCUGUAUGUUGUCAUCACUUCUAAUGUUCUGACAUCUGAAAAGGGGUUUGCCGUAAAUAAUUGAGGGAACUGCAGAUUUCUAAUAGACUUCUCACAGCUGGGGGUUCGUAGCAAUUUAUCCAGUCUAGACCAUCCUCAGCAACCCAUGAGAAGGGUCUGUCUGUAAACUAGGAUGUUCCCAUUUUCUGACAAGCAGCAGAGAUCUUGAAAAUGGUGAGGAACGGAAAUGCGUUAGAUAUACUGCAGAAUGAGAAGUUCUGCAACUUUCUGACUUAUUUAUCACCAUGGAUUGUUCACUGGAGGUUUCAGCAUCACAAUUACAGGGCGUGCAGACUUCUGCAACCAUUCUUUAAUUGCAUCUGAAAAUCUAGUGUUUUGUGUAUACAGCUCUUCUGCAGACCUAUGUGUCUCUCUAUGGUUACAGACUACAAACCACCCCGGUUUAGUCUGAUCCCGCAACCAUACUCCCUUCCACCUGUCCCUGACACCGCAUGGAGAUGCAUGGCUCCGCAUAGGAGCUGGAAACACAUGAUUCAUUGGAGCAAAAGUCUACAUGGUAAAGGGUUUGUCUGUUUAUGGCCUAUCCUUAGGAUAGCCAUCAUUAUCUGAUUGGUGGGGGUCCGACGUCCCGGAGCAUCACUGCAGCAACCAGCUCAGCCCAUUACAUGCUGAACGGUGGGACCCUCACCCGUCACAUAUUGGUGGCCUAUCCUUCAGCGGUAGGGGCCUGGACAACCACUUUAAGCUAAUAAGAACCUUUCUUCAGAUGCAGCGUAACAUUAAGUGGAAAACCCCAAAAACUGUCAGUUCUAAUUCAUCAGUUCACAUUCUCCAAAUAUACUACAAUACCCAGAAUGCAAAGUUCUCACCGCGCCUUAAAGCCUAAUCUUUGCCCCGGACGCUUCCAGUUCUGGGUCAUAUUUUUUUUCUCUCUGCCACAAUUUUAAGGAUUCUCACAAGUGCCAAUCAAUACAGCCGAUGGGUUGGUAGCUUAUACCUAAAGCCUGCCCUGCCAUCUGCAUUCUGGGACUUGUAGUUAAAGCUCUGCAGAUUAAAGUGCACGACGGAUUACACCGACGCCACCUUGUGUUAAAAACUGGUAACGCACCACAAAAGGAAACUCAUGUGAAUUCCAUGUCCACAGAUCCGCGUGGAGACACUACAGCGGCGAACCUCGCUCGCUCAUUCGUAAUUUGCUCUCUCUUUAAAGUGCAAUCUUCUUUUGGCCUCUGUGUGUGUGUGACUACAUGUGUCUGUGCGACCGCGCCGGCGAGGUGCGAAUGUUUACACUUGUAACCCUGUCUCUGACUGUGUCAUGUAUUUUGUAACUCGGAUUAAUGAAGGCGACUGUUCUAAAGUGCUCAUUGUACACAAGCAAUGGAAACGAGUCUUUGCAAUAAAUUCUGACACUCCAGAA